ACUAUCAAAUUCCUAAAAGGUACUGGUACAAACUUUCUUAUUAAAAGAAAAAAAUUCAAGUUAUUAUUUAUUUGUAAACAAAACCACGUGUAUCAACAAAUCAUGUUGAAAGUGAAAGUUACGCUCAUGUCUGCCAAAGAGUCAGAAAUACGCCGGACGACGCUGGAAAAUGAUCCAGAUUUCGCUGAAUUAGAGAGAAAAGUGUCAGAGUUGUUCGGCGAAACGACUGGAUCUUUUACGUUCCAUUGGAAAGAUGAUGAGGGUGAUUUAAUCACGAUGUCGAGUUCUGAGGAGUUUCAAGAGGUGAUGAAAGGCGCAGCCAAGGAGACCCUGAGAAUUUUUCUUCGAAGAAUAGAAGAUCAGUCCAAAUCGGAGGGGGGCAUGGAAUUUAAUGAUGAUAAUCCUGGUAAUGAACAGGAUACGUUGACUCCUGAAGAAUAUGGAACCAGGAGCUGGGGAAGCCGCCGACGUUAUUGGAGAGGAUUGGGUCAAGGUCAGGGUCCACUGCCACUUCGUAGGUUUAGAAAAGCCGAGCAGCACCCGGAGAAUGAUCAAUCUCUCUCUGAAAGGAGGAUGCGAAGGUUUAUGCGUCGCAAAUUUGAAACCCGUGAAAGAUUUGAUCAACCUCGUGGUAGCAUCGAUCGAUUCCGAAGCAGAUGUGGCAGUCGUCGGAAUGCAAUGCCCAGUGAAGACUGCCUCGAAAAAACUGGCUCUUUUUGCCGCUGGAACGGGAACUACUGGCGUCGUAGAUGCAAUCAGCAUUCCGUCCGACAUCUAAAAGAGAGGUUGGAUGAUGCAUAUAUGGCGCGCGGUAGUUGCCGCUCAAGAAGGAGAAAUCGGGAAUGUUGCCCAAGGAGAAGAUGCUGCAAGCGAGCAAAUUCGGCUCCAACUACUCGUCGUUUUGGAAGAAAUCUUAACGAUUUCGGGAUGAUGAUGCGUGGAAAAAGAUGCAGACGAUCAACAUCCGUCCCUGUGUGCAGGCAGGAAAAAGAUGACGAAAUUCAAGUUUCUCCGAUAUGCAGACAAAGUAGAUUCCAAAAUGCAAAAAUAUGGCUGAAGAUCAAGGAAGACGGUUCUCCUACACACGUCUGCGAGUCUUUUACUGAUUCCGCCAGUGGAGAAGAGAAGAGGUGUCAUAGACGGCGCUGUAAAAGCUAUCGAAGAAGAGCAGCUAUGCUUGGAAACGAAACGUCAAAGAAAGUCAAUGAUUCAGCUUCCAAGAAUAAACAUGACGAGGAACCUGGAAUUUCAGAACUUGUUGAAACAAUGACCAUUGAGGAGGAUAAAGAGGGUACCGAAGAAUCGGAUGCAGGGACAAAGACCACUGAGGAGGGUAAAGAAGGCACCGAAGAAAGAGACACAGGAACAGGUGUCAGUAGAAGGAGAAAUUGCAGAUACCGUCGACAUCGUGGUGAGGAUGAUGAAACAGAUGAGAACAAUCAAUCAGAGGAGACAAAGAAAAGGAAGUAUCACUGCAAGCACAGGUGUGGGCGUAAGAAGCACUCUGGUGAAGCUCAGGAAACCCCCGCCAAAAACUGGGAAAUGAAUGAAGAGGAUGAGAUGGAAGCAAAACGGCAGAGAAAAUGCAAAAUAAAGGUAAACCACCAAUCUAUGGAUAGAGAUGGUUCCACAAAAUGCAGAAAUACUAAAGAACACGGCGUAAGAAUCCUCACUUUGAAAGUUCGAAUGAAUGACGAAGGGAUGAGACCCAGAAAACUAGCACGGAAACUUGUCAGGAUUCUCAACCAGUACAGUGCAGACUGUCAGGAGAACAGACCAUGGGGAAGAAGAUGUGGACGAGAAUUUCGGGGAAGACCACGUGGCAACGACUUCGAGCGUCAGAUCCGAAGAAGGCUGCGUCGUCAAAGAUGUCGUCAGGGAAGAGUCCGUUUUCUGUCGCCCGAAUUUCCAGGCAAUGUCGAAGAGAAUAUUGCAUGUUAUGGACCAAGGAGAAUACGUCCACGUGACUGUCCGUGGUAAAAGACCCCAAUAAAUGAAAUUUAAAUGGACGCACGUUUCACUAUGAUUUUUAUUUUAUAGUAAUUAAUUAAAAGUUCAAAUAAAUUUAUAUUCUAUGUUUUUGACAAAAAAGUGAAUUGAUGGUCAUACUGUUUAUUUUUCAUCCGCCAUAUUGCUUGGCAUAUGUGUAGUUAUAUACAUGCAUU